UUGUAGAGAGUAGACGUCUGGGCAAGUGAAGAAAGCAAGUUUUUGAAUAUUUCAAAAAGUGCAGACCAAAAGUAAAGAAAUAAAUUAACUUUUCUGUGUGAAACAAGAAAAUAAGCCAAUAUGCAAAUUUUCGUUAAGACUCUGACCGGCAAGACCAUCACUUUGGAGGUUGAGCCAUCCGAUACCAUCGAGAACGUCAAGGCCAAGAUCCAGGACAAGGAGGGAAUCCCCCCAGAUCAGCAGCGUUUGAUCUUCGCCGGAAAGCAGCUGGAGGACGGACGCACUCUGUCCGACUACAACAUCCAGAAGGAGUCGACCCUUCACUUGGUCCUGCGUCUGCGUGGUGGCAUGCAGAUCUUCGUGAAGACUCUGACUGGCAAGACCAUCACCUUGGAAGUUGAGCCAUCCGAUACCAUUGAGAACGUCAAGGCCAAGAUCCAGGACAAGGAAGGAAUCCCCCCAGAUCAGCAGCGUUUGAUCUUCGCCGGAAAGCAGCUGGAGGACGGACGCACUCUGUCCGACUACAACAUCCAGAAGGAGUCGACCCUUCACUUGGUCCUGCGUCUGCGCGGUGGCAUGCAGAUCUUCGUGAAGACUCUGACUGGCAAGACCAUCACCUUGGAAGUUGAGCCAUCCGAUACCAUUGAGAACGUCAAGGCCAAGAUCCAGGACAAGGAGGGAAUCCCCCCAGAUCAGCAGCGUUUGAUCUUCGCCGGAAAGCAGCUGGAGGACGGACGCACUCUGUCCGACUACAACAUCCAGAAGGAGUCGACCCUUCACUUGGUCCUGCGUCUGCGCGGUGGCAUGCAGAUCUUCGUGAAGACUCUGACUGGCAAGACCAUCACCUUGGAAGUUGAGCCAUCCGAUACCAUUGAGAACGUCAAGGCCAAGAUCCAGGACAAGGAGGGAAUCCCCCCAGAUCAGCAGCGUUUGAUCUUCGCCGGAAAGCAGCUGGAGGACGGACGCACUCUGUCCGACUACAACAUCCAGAAGGAGUCGACCCUUCACUUGGUCCUGCGUCUGCGCGGUGGCAUGCAGAUCUUCGUGAAGACUCUGACUGGCAAGACCAUCACCUUGGAAGUUGAGCCAUCCGAUACCAUUGAGAAUGUCAAGGCCAAGAUCCAGGACAAGGAGGGAAUCCCCCCAGAUCAGCAGCGUUUGAUCUUCGCCGGAAAGCAGCUGGAGGACGGACGCACUCUGUCCGACUACAACAUCCAGAAGGAGUCGACCCUUCACUUGGUCCUGCGUCUGCGCGGUGGCAUGCAGAUCUUCGUGAAGACUCUGACUGGCAAGACCAUCACCUUGGAAGUUGAGCCAUCCGAUACCAUUGAGAACGUCAAGGCCAAGAUCCAGGACAAGGAGGGAAUCCCCCCAGAUCAGCAGCGUUUGAUCUUCGCCGGAAAGCAGCUGGAGGACGGACGCACUCUGUCCGACUACAACAUCCAGAAGGAGUCGACCCUUCACUUGGUCCUGCGUCUGCGCGGUGGCAUGCAGAUCUUCGUGAAGACUCUGACUGGCAAGACCAUCACCUUGGAAGUUGAGCCAUCUGAUACCAUUGAGAACGUCAAGGCCAAGAUCCAGGACAAGGAGGGAAUCCCCCCAGAUCAGCAGCGUUUGAUCUUCGCCGGAAAGCAGCUGGAGGACGGACGCACUCUGUCCGACUACAACAUCCAGAAGGAGUCGACCCUUCACUUGGUCCUGCGUCUGCGCGGUGGCAUGCAGAUCUUCGUGAAGACUCUGACUGGCAAGACCAUCACCUUGGAAGUUGAGCCAUCCGAUACCAUUGAGAACGUCAAGGCCAAGAUCCAGGACAAGGAGGGAAUCCCCCCAGAUCAGCAGCGUUUGAUCUUCGCCGGAAAGCAGCUGGAGGACGGACGCACUCUGUCCGACUACAACAUCCAGAAGGAGUCGACCCUUCACUUGGUCCUGCGUCUGCGCGGUGGCAUGCAGAUCUUCGUGAAGACUCUGACUGGCAAGACCAUCACCUUGGAAGUUGAGCCAUCCGAUACCAUUGAGAAUGUCAAGGCCAAGAUCCAGGACAAGGAGGAUCCCCCAGAUCAGCAGCGUUUGAUCUUCGCCGGAAAGCAGCUGGAGGACGGACGCACUCUGUCCGACUACAACAUCCAGAAGGAGUCGACCCUUCACUUGGUCUUGCGUCUGCGUGGUGGCGCCAUCUAGAUUUUUUUCACACAUAAAACAAUUGAAGUUAGUUGUGCCACAAGGCAACUCAAGAAUUCAUACUAAGUUUUAGUAAGUUGGUUUAUUCAAAAGGCACAAAAUAAUCAAUCACAA